AUGGUUCAGUGUCACAAAGAACUUUCUGGAUGUGGUGGUGGUGGAUGGACACCGGUUAUGAAGAUUGAUGGCAGUAAGACCACUUUUCAUUACGAUUCAAAAUACUGGAAGAACAAAAUAGAUUACAACCGUCAUGCUGGAAAGACUGGAUUUGACGAUCAGGAAACCAAGCUUCCUACCUACUGGAACAGCUCUUUUGACAAAAUCUGCCUCGGUAUGAAAAUUGGUGAGCAGCGCAGGUUCAUUCUUAUCAACAAGCAAGCUGAAUCACUUUACUCACUGAUUGCCGAUGGGGAGUACCGUGCUACCUCCUUAGGUCGAGAUACUUGGAAGUCGCUGGUUGGUCCUGAAGCAUCAUUGCAAAAUUUGUGCAACAAAGAAGGAUUCAAUGCUGCAGAAUACAGCGGAACGUCCAUAUAUGCUCAUGUAAGAAUAGGUGUGAUAUCAAAUGAACUUAACAACUGUGCAGGAUGCGACUCCAGGCUUGGAUUUGGCGGAGGAGGACAACACGAUGACUCCAACACGUGUGGAAACGAAGCUUAUUAUCUAGCAGAUAACGGGAACAAAAAAAUCAAAGCAAUGGGAUACAUAUUUGUGCAGUAG